AGGGAGUGGGGCGGAGUUGUCUAUGGCCGUGAGUUCCCUGUGCACGUCCUGUUGUCCCGCUCUCUAUUCUGGGUGCUUCGGUGCUUCUAGCACAGGUCUAUUGGUAGGAGGAACUAGUGCUGAGCCUUCGGCAGCUUCUUAAGUCUUGAACAGGCCGGUCCCUCAAAGGUUAGGCUGUGCCCUGGUCCAGCGCCUUCUUGUUCCUUCCCUAGAAAAAGAUCUGGAGAGGCGUGGAGGGUAAGAGUGUGAGGCUUGCGGGUCAUUUGCCAGGCCUACUCCGGAUUUCCAGGAAGCUCCGGAGAAGCUGUCCUCCUGACGUGUGAAGAAACCUGGUCGAAGCCAGGCUGGCUAUGAAGAGCGAAGCUUCGACUUCUGCAGCCCCUUUGAAAGGGCUCGUGGGCCCUCUGCGGAGCAGCGAGCCCGCGCUCGCCCUCCCGGCUGUGUCACCCGCGGUGCACCUGCUGGAAGAGGCGGCCGACCUGUUGGUGGUGCACCUGGACUUCCACGCCGCACUAGAGACUUGCGAACGAGCCUGGCAGAGCCUGGCGGAGGAGCCCGCGAGUGGCACUGUUGUGGAGGUGAAAUGUUCCCUGUGUGUAGUGGGGAUCCAGGCUCUGGCAGAAAUGGAUCGAUGGAGAGAAGCCUUGUCCUGGGUCCUCGGGUAUUACCAUGUUCCUGAAAAGCUGCCUCCCAAAGUCCUGGAGCUGUGCAUCCUUUUAUACAGCAAAAUGAAAGAUCCCGAAGCUGUGCUGGGUGUGGCCGGAGCCUGGCUCCAGGACCCAGAUAACCAGGGCCUUCCAGAAUAUGGAUCUCUGGCCAAACUCCACCUGUUCCGGCUGCUGCUACCCUUGGGUCGCUUGUCAGAGGCUGAGGAGCUGGCCGUGGGCUCUGCGGCCUUCAGCGAGGAGCAGCGGGUAGAGGCACUCCAGGCCAUCCACACAGCACGACAACAGCUUACACAGGAGCAUUUGAACUCCCAGGAGCCCCAGAAGCUGAGGCAGGAAGGUUCAUUUCCCCGUAAGUUGCUGUCACUGCUGAUGCUGCUUCGCCGGCUUUGGGGCUCUGCGGUGAGCCACCUUCUCUCCCAGCCCUUUAGAAAGGGCCUCCUGGCUGCCUUGAUCCUCUGUCUCUUGGUUCUACGGUUUGAUCCAGCAGCUCCUUCUUCACUGCCCUUCCUCUACCAGCUGACCCAGCUCUUCCGCCGGAUCCAGAAGGCCAUGCUUUCUCGGCUCUACCCGCUCACCCUCCGGGACUGAGUGGUCCUACGUGGCUGCCUCUGCUUCUUACAGUCCCCAUCUACAGAAGCGGAAAAGCCGAGCCCAGUGGCUGAGUCCCAGAUGGCACCAUGGCAGUGGGCCCAUCGUUCUAGGAGGAGGGGCCAAGGCAGGAGAGCCAUGGCUUGCCUGUGAACCCGCCCUUCCGUAUUCCACUGUGGCUGGCCUCAAAAGGAGUGUGUGAACAGUGGUGCCCGAGGCCAGCGCACAGAACUCUGCCACAGCUCCUCAAAAAGAAGGGGUUUAGGAGCAGGGACUGGGUCUUGAGACAUUCUGGUUUCUUGACAAAGGCAGAGGGUGACCUUCCAGAUCGGGCGCUGGAGGAGCUGGGAUUCACAAACGUGGUGGAGCGGCCCUUAGCCAUUUACCUCUGAAAUCCCUCCACAGCUCAGUACCUGAAUUCAGUAAAACUGGAGUCCUCUCUUCCCCCACGCCCCUCCCACAGAGGCUGGGAUCAGUUCACCAUCCCCUCCCAUUGGUCCAGCUUUCUGCUAGCGGCAUUUUUCUGUUCAGACAGGAUGUGGCUUCUGACCCACCCAGGUAGCCACAUGAGCAAUGUGAGCCUGCCUGACCUUAUCUCUGGGGAAUGUGAUCUUUCUUGGUGCCGCUGAGUCUUAGCACAGUUUGCCAGCAUGCCUGGGGCGUGCACUGCUCACUGGGACCCACUGUCUUCCUACUCUACCCCACCACCUUUUGACCUGUCCAGCCCCCCGUGUCUCACCACUGACUCACCUUGGUCCUUUCUCAGGGUCCUAGUUGUCCGUUGUUUGAAUAAUGCCCAAGUCUCUCUGCUCCUGUGCUGUGAAAAGUAGGCCAGGCGCAGGGCUGGGAGCUGAAAAUGGAACUGGGUAAUCAGGUGAGCUGUAAGAUCCGAGGGGGCUGGGGGGGGGGUCAGAGGGACAACCCCAGGGAGGAGGCACUGCGCAGGCCUCAGCAUGUCUGUGUAAGAAAGUGCAGAAUACUCUGGUGCCGCCAGGAUGGAGGCCCUCAGCCGGCCACACCGGAUGGCAAGGGUGCCGAGAGGGUUUGCUAGCCUUUCUGUUGGUUGAUUUUUAGGGACUGUGAGUCUAGCUUUUCUCUAGAAGAGGAAAACUCUCAGACAGAAUUCCAUCGAAAUCCUGAAGACUUGGGAACUAGAACCAUCUUACAAAAAAAACAAAAACAGACCCUAGAUCGCUGGGGAGAGAAAAGGAUUCCGGAAGGUUGAAAUCCCUUGGCCACGAUUCCUUCACUGUUGCCCAACUUGGCCCAGAAGGCCUGGGCUCAAGUGCUGAACUCCACCCUCCAGCCUCUUGAGUGUCUGUGACUCACACACCUUAUGACAAUGGUUUUGAAAUGCGGAUCUGCAUGUUCACUGCCCUAGAAGAAACUCCUUAAUGGCUUCCGUGGCCCACAGGAUAAAAAUCCAGAUUCUUUUCAGUGGAAACUUAGGUCCAGUGUUCGCAGGCUUGGCUGACGGCUCCUUUGCCGUGUUGCCCUGCUCCCUCAGCAGGCUGCGUUCUAGCUGCCAGGCCCUCCUCAGGCCUCUCUGUCAUGGUUUCGCUGUAACUGCUGGAGGGUCUUUAGCAGCUCUGCCCCAGAUCCUUGGCUUUCCAGGCUCCCUCAAGAGCUACCCAGCAUCCUUUGCUUCCCAGCCCUGCCUCCCGCCCCUCCUGCAGGAAAGCGUGGUGGUGGCAGGACUGUUUGCCUCUGAAGCCGGAGAACAAGGCUGCACAGUGUUUGAGUCAGGCUCACGUUCCUGCUCUGCUGUGUGGGUGACUGUUGGCCAGGGCUCAGCCUUCUCGGCUACAGGUUGGUCCUCUUCUCACAGGGCUCUUCCAUGAGUGAAUGGGCUACUUGGGGCUCUUUGGGCACUUUCCACAGCCCUGAGGGACAGUUCUUGUGAGCCGUGGCUAUUCCCAGGCACAGGGGUGAGUGAGUGAUGGGCAUGUGCUUCUGGUGCCUGCGCUGUCCUGUGCUGUGAAAUCCUGAACUGAUCAGAUCCGCUUGUCUUUCUCCUGAUGCUCCUCAGUGUCGCUCUGCUGGUGGCCCGUGGGGCUCUGGCUAUUUUACCUGACUGCUGCAGGGCUGUCUGUACCCUCACUGCCUGCCUGUCAGGUGAGGAACUCGAAGCCCAAACUGCUGCUGUUACUUUGACCUUUCCAAGGAUGUAGGCUGGUCCUCAGCUCUGGGCUUAAGAGGUCAGAGUGAAGGGAGGGCCGGCCUUGUUUGUUAGGCCAGCACUGCAGCCAUCAGCCAAAGGCAGCUUUUGAGCAUUUUGAGUUGUGGCUCACCCAUGUGGACACAUGCUGUAAUUGUAAAACAUACACACUGGAUUUCAAAGACCAAGUACAAAAAAAUAAAAAUAAAAUAAAAAAAAAACUGGAAGAUUUUUAUAUUGAUUAUGUUGAAAUGAUAAUAUUUUGGAUAUAUUUGGUUCAAUAAAAUUGAAUAAGCUAA